UCAAUAAUUAUAACAUUAUUGUUAACUAAUAAAAAUUUAAACAUUUUUAACCAAUUUAUUAAAAACAUAAUUUUCUUUAACUUGCAUUUAAGUGAAAAUAGAAGAAAAAAUGAAAAUGAUGUGGCAAAGAAAUAUCAACAAGAAUUUACUUUUUAUGAAAAUGAACUAUUUUUUCGCAUAUGGCGCUUACGCACCAAUCGUUCCGUUUAUAUCCACUAUUGGAAAACAACGGGGUUAUUCUGCAUUCGUUAUGGGAAUCGCUUUAACUGCUUUGCAGAUUCCAAGUCUUAUCGUACGACCAACACUAGGAAGCAUCACGGACGUGUACAAAUGCCGAAGGUUUAUGUUUCUCGCGGGAGAGGUGCUAUUCGCUCUUGUGGUUAUCGGAUUGGUUUUUAUACCUGGUGCAACGGCGUCGGAAAUGAUCGACGAUAAGAUUGUGUUCGAAACUAUGUUAUUUUGGGCAUUUUUCUGUAUAAUCUUUCUGUUAUGCCUCGGAGCUGUAAUACGAUCGAUCAUGGAGGAUACAAUAUGUGUCAGUCUUCUUGGGGACAAUGUAAAUAAUUACGGUAGACAAAAAGUUUGGGGAUCAAUCGGUUAUGGUGUCGUUUCCAUUAUUUCCGGAGCAUCUGUUGAUUGGUUCAGCAAAGGCAAAGAUUAUAAAGACUAUAGACCUGGAUACGUGAUAUCAUUUUUCUUUUCAAUUAUGGAUAUUUACGUUUCAACUGGGAUUAAGGUUGUUCAAGUAAAAAAAAAUAAAACUAUUGGUGGUGAUUUAAAAAACGUUGCAACUGACUUUAGAGUAAUUAUAUUUUUUAUAUCAAUCAUUUGUUUUGGUUUUUUAAUGGCUUUUAUACAAAACUUUCUGUUUUGGUACCUCGAAGACAUAACGAAUUUGUAUCAUCCUGAAAUAAAACCGUGGAUAAAAACCGUUCAAGGGCUUUUCUUGAUUACACAAUAUUUUUUAAGCGAAGUACCAUUGUAUUUUUUAUCUAGUUUCAUUAUAAAAAGGAUUGGCCAUAUGAAUGUGUUUUCGCUAGCAUUUUUAGCUCUUUCAAUACGAUUUAUGCUUUAUUCACUAAUUAAAAAUCCAAUAAUUGCUCUGAGCGUUGAAAUACUUCAUGGAUUUACUAACGCACUCACUGAAUCCGCUGCGGUUGCCUAUGCCGCGAAAUUAUCUCCUGUUGGCGCCGAAGGAACGAUGCAGGGAUUAAUUGGAAUGGCACUACUGGGAAUAGGUACCCCGUUGGGGAAUUUCGUUGGCGGUUAUUUAAUAAAGAGUCUAGGGUCCAUCAUUACUUUUAGAUUGAUGAGUAUUGUGGCCAUUAUAGUUUGUAUCAUUCAAGCAACAAUGAGUUUGAUUAUUAACCGGAUAUACAGACACGAAGAUAAUCCUGUCCAAACUAGUUAGGGUUUCUUAUAGCGUUAUAGCAUUUUAAUUUUUUUUUUUGUAAAACGAAGUAGAAUUUAUGUUACGUACAUUAUAAAUAAAACAGUAAAUUUUAUUUAUUUUAUGGUACAUUGUUACUUUUUGUUUUAAAUUUGAUUUCCUAUUGAGAUGCCCCUAAUGUGGGGUAUCCUCCUCAUGUUAAUCAUGUGUAUAGUUUAUUGUAA